AUGAGACGUGGGAUUUUCUUUAUAAAUAGCACUAGUAGGUUGAAGUAUGGAAAAAAGCACGAGAGAGCAAGAUCACCUUCUUUAACAACGUCUAGAAGUGAUCACGGAAGAGAGAAAAUGCCAUUGCCGAAGUUCAUUGCUGUCGAAUGGAUCUCCAGCUACAUGCGUUACGCAAAAGAAGAAGGGACAAACCAUGGGAUGCUUGUUUUCGUUGGAGAGAGGAUACUGGAUCCCUGUGUAAAGUAUGAAGUGGAGCAGGCAAAGACGGGGAACGGGUCACUGGUGCACCUAAGAUGUUGUUAUAACAAUAAAUAUCUUAGAACGCAAUCAAGCACAGAUAUAUGGAUAGUUGCGGCAGCAGACAAACCAGAGGAAGACCGUUCUAUUUGGUCAUGCACAUUAUUCGAAACUGUUCAAAUGACUGGACAACUCCAAUUCCAAUUCAAGCAUGUCCAACGCGGACGAUGGGUUUCCGUAAGUGUACCUCCUUUUGCAAGAGGAUGGUCAUUUGCUAUAGCUUUUAGUGGUCCCACGACAUUCACAAUCACCGAUUUGGAAACACUAGUGUUCAUGCCAAAGCAUGUCGCAUUCAAGGGCGAUAAUGGCAAGUAUCUCAGUGCUCGCAUGUUGAAUGGAAAGGAAUAUUUGCAGUUUUCAUCUGAUGACAUAAGUGAUCCAACUGUCAGAUUUGAGGCGAUCAUGACCAACAAUGGAAGCUAUCGCUUCAAAUCUGACCAAUUUGAUAAAUUCUGGAGGCUUAGCCGAAAUUCAAGUUGGAUUUGGGCUGACGCAGCUGAAAACGAAGGUCCGAGCACGUUUUGGCUGAACAAAAUUAAAAACCACGUUAUUACCCUCCGCCUGACAGCGGCGAGGAACUCAUUCGGUCGAAGAUUCACCGACAACGGAAUAACUGAUUGUCUUGCUGCAAAUGCUUCUACUAUUCAAAUAGAAGCUCAGUUGGAGGUGGAAGAGUAUGUUCUGUCAAGACGAGUCGAUAAUGUUGUUUAUCGUCUCAUGGAUGCCAGGAUCUACAACGAGAGAGCCCUCAUUGUGGCCACAGCCGAAGCCGUUAACAAGACUCAAGAAUCUAACCAAGUGCAGCUGAACUUUUCAUAUAAAGAGUUUACUAGCAAUACUUGGAACAAUGAAGUUUCAGUAUCAGCCGGCGUCUUUGCCCAAUUUAGAAUUGGCAUUCCGUUCCUUAAAAGUGCAAGAAUUGAAAUUUCGGCUGAGGUUACUGCAGAUUUUCAAUGGGGAGAAACACAGGAAACAACAACUGAAGUGGAAACGACGUAUGAUGUUACAGUUCCACCGAUGAAAAUCGUGAGAGUGAGGCUGAUAGCAACGGAGUCUUCAUUUGAUGUUCCUUUCUCAUACGUUCAACGUGACUUUCUGGUUGACGGGAGGGAGGUCACCUAUCUAACCGAUGAUGGCGUCUUCACAGGACUCAGUUCCUACAACUUCAGGUAUGAGACUGAAGAAGAAGAAUUGACGAUGAGCUCUGAAUUGACCCACCAAGAGUUGAGCCCUAAAAUGCCAGGAACCAAAAAUAACGUUCCUAGGUCUGCUCUCUAA